UGCUGCAGAAGUUUCAAACACUUUCGAGAAGACGAUCGUCUUGUCAGGCUUACUACUGGGCUUUGGAGCUCUUGGGGGUACCUCCCUUCUCGCCAUGUCCUACAUCUUUCUAGUGGCGCAAUGCCGCUCCCCAUCCACAUAUAGCAGCCUCAAUCCCUGUAAGACUGUUGACGUAGAAGACCGAAACGGUGGAGAUGCCUCGACGUCAAAGAUGAGGGCCUUGGAUCAAAGGGCUCAAGACGAGAAUGAAAUCUCCAACGUGGAUUGGAAGACAUUAGACAAAAGGGAUAAGAAUCGAAUGCGGAUGGAAACCAAGCUCAGGAAUACUUUCUUGCGGAUCAUGGACCUCACUGUGCUGUCUGGCUUACCCUUCGCUCUGCUGUUGAUCUACUGGGUCGAUCAGGCGGAUGCCGACGGGCAACGGGGUUACACUGCGCUACUUGCUUGGCUCAUCAUCGGAGUCAUUGUCUGGCCAAUUGCUCGAAUGAUAUUCCGCUCUACUCCCAAACGACUUCGAGAUCAAAAACGUCGGAUUCUACGCGAGACUAAGGCCAAAGUGACGGAUACGACGCGUUCGGCAGCGUACAAAAUGAGGGAUACUAAUAGAGGGAGGACGACAUCGAGAUCGACUCCGGACGGUCGAUCCGGUCACCAGGCUAGAGGGCGCUCAGCCACUCAGAGGUAGGGUCGAGGAGAGCACGGCGACAGCACAGGACACAGAUUUUUUUGGGCAGCAUAGUACC